AUGGAAAACACAUACCAAUAUCAACCCCUGUCCGGCUCGGGUGUCAGGCUCUUCGCCUUGCUUCAAGGCCAAUCGGACGAUCCGUUGCGAGGGGAGAUCCUCGACAUCGAUCUCUCCGACGCCUACUCCGCUGAGAACAGACAGCCAUAUGAGUCCUUGUUCUAUGUCUGGGGGACUGACGACAGCCCCGACCCCGUCCGGAUCGUUCUGGCUCUAGGGCGAGCCGGAGGCAGCCUUGUUGUCCGCCAGAACCUCGCAACUGCCUUGCAAUAUUUGCGGCAUGAACACGCCACCCGAUUUCUCUGGUGCGACAUCAUUUGCAUCAACCAGCGAGACGUCGCCGAGCGUCAGCGGCAGGUCCAGCUCAUGGCCCGUGUCUACCGGAUGGCGAGGAGGGUCGUCAUCUGGCUCGGCCCCGAAACCGGCACGAGCGCGCUCGGGAUGCAGACACUCCGGCAGACGGGCCGUCAUGUCCGGGCAGACCCCCGCACGAGGACUUGGUCCCCCGUCCCCGGGUCGUCCGACCCGCGCUUCACGUGGGCCGCGCUCCAGGAGGGCUACUCGCCCUACACCGAGGCCCAGCUGGGCGCCGUCCUCGAGCUGGUCUCGCGCGCCUGGUUCAGGCGACUGUGGACGCGCCGGGAGGUCACGCUGGCGCGCAACGCGGUCGUGGUGGCGGGCGCCGAGGAGAUGUCGUGGCCGACCUUCCUAGCCGCCGUCUUCUACAUGGACUCGCUCGUCCGGCUGCUGGGCCGCGGGGACGCGCGCCUGGCGAGCGCCCUGUUCAACGUCUACGAGCUGGGGUGCUUGGCUAUGUACGAGAACGUGAUGGAGGUCAUGCACGCGUGUCGGUCCUGCGAGUGCACGCUCGGCGUCGACCGAGUGUACGGGCUCCUGGGCCUGCUCUCCUCGGGCCGCCUGUUUGACCUGCAGCCCGACUACGGCAAGGACCCGAAGAUGGUGUACCACGACGCGGUCAUCACGCUGUUCGCCAGCUCGGCCAGGACCGACUUCCUUGAGCUUUGCGAAGAAGUGAGCGCACCGUCCUGGGUUCCGGACCUGCACAUGCUCGGCCUCGGGACUGGGCUCAACACGAGGGCUGUCCCUUACUGCCACGCUUCAGGGUCAUCGGCCGGGCGGCUUGACCAGCUCGACGCGAACACUGUUGAGGUGGCGGGCGUGUACUGCGGGGCGCUGGGCAAGCCGGCCUCGCUUGUCCUGAACAAGGACGCCGAGGCGCGUCUGCUGAAGGAUGCCAUUGUGGACAUAGUCAGGAGUCGAAUGGGGGAGAACGUUGACCUUUGGGACCUUUCCAGGUUGGAGGGGCUCACCAAGGGUCUAUCGGGUUGCUUAUGGUCCGAACGCACCGGGAGAAAUAAUCACUCUUCGCUCGCGUUUUCCAUGGCAGAGCUGGCAAAAUGGGUACGUCAAGCACAACACGGGGAGGAAGACUCGGAUCUCCUGGGCAGAGGCAACACUGGAAUUAUCUUCAAGCACAUCACUCGGGUCCUCUUCCACGGGGACUCAUGUAGAUGGACUCAAGAUGGAUUUCUUGGUCUCGGAUUCGGCGGCUGUCGUGAAGGGGACUUGCUGUAUUCCAUCCUAGGGUGCAGGCGGCUCAUUGCCCUCCGCCGUGAGGCCAAAUCGAACAUGUACCGGGUCGUUGGCAAGUUUGACCACCCCAGACCAGAUACAACGACGGAGGAGCGCUCUUGGGCGUGUUGGAUCCCGGAUGGAAGGUUACUUAUCUUCACGGACUGGCCGCACUCAACCGUCCACGGGUCGAACAUGCCGACGGAACCUCGCAGUGGGACGACCCCCGCCUUCGGGCAGUUUGCCUUCCCGAAGGUUGGUGUGAAGCGAGAGACUCACACGGGUGUCCGUCCUGGACCAGAGCGGAUAAGGAUACGGGGACACAAUGCGACCCCCGACUUUCAGAGGAAGAAUUGA